UCCGAGUGGUCGAGCGUGCAAUCGACAUCAAAUUGUGUUAUUUUUAUUGCCACAUGCAACGCACGUGUCCUCCGGUUCCAGGAACUGCAAUAAUAUUAACCAUCUCUUUGCCAGGGAGCUCAGCGCUACACGGUGCCAUUUCGAAAUUCGUCGACGAAGAAUAACUAUAGGACCAACUGAACAGUUCAACUUUACUUUAAACAAAAAAAUAUCAAAUUAGUCAUUUCAAAACAAUCCAAAUGUAAACGAGUGGUUCGGAAGCACUCUCCUCCAGUCCGCGAAUCCGUCUCGUAUUUUCCAUCCACCAGCUCCAUGUUUUGACUACCACCACCAACAGCAACAGAGUGAACUCUGCCAACACACAGCCAUUGCGCUCGCAAUCCCCACUGUGUUUUUCAACAAAAUGGCUGAUUUAGGGGAUGAUACCGGAGCGAGAGCUCUGCUGGCCCUCAAAUCUGCUCCUUGUAGCCCGGUGCGUAUUUCUAUCCCGCCCAUGUACGCUUCGUCCGGGAUCACAUCAUCCAUGCCCCUCUCCCCUCCGGCGCAGGCCCUCGCUCGUCUGGAAGGCAGGGACUUCGAGUUCGUCAUGCGCCAGAGGACGGUGACCGUGGGCCGCAACUCCUCGCACGGCUCCGUGGAUGUCAACAUGGGCCACUCGAGCUUCAUAUCGAGAAGACAUUUGCAGAUCACUUUCGAGGAUCCGCAUUUCUACUUGCGCUGUCUCGGCAAGAACGGCGUGUUUGUCGAUGGCGUUUUUCAGAGAAGAGGCGCACCUUCACUUCUCUUACCGAGAGAGUGCACAUUUCGAUUUCCCAGUACGGUUAUCAAGAUCCAGUUUACGGCGCUCUACCACAAGGAGACACAGAAAGAGGAAGAUCCUGUAUCACCUGUGAGACCCCUUUACCCACAGAUCUCUCCGCUGAAAAUCAGCAUUCCUGAUAAUGAUUUCAGAAGUAUGAGGAGUCCACUUCCUUCACCCACAGGAACUAUCAGUGUUCCCAAUUCCUGCCCAGCGAGCCCUCGUGGAGCAGGCUCUUCAGGAUACAGAUACGGAUGUAACGUCACCUCGGACCUCCAGCUGGCAGCUGAAUUUGCAGCCAAAGCCGUAUCGGAACAGCGAACUGAAGCCACAGGAGGAGACAGUCCUAAAGAUGAAUCCAAACCUCCAUACUCGUACGCUCAGCUGAUAGUUCAGGCCAUCUCAUCAGCUCCAGACAGACAGCUAACACUAAGCGGCAUCUACACUCACAUCACCAAACAUUAUCCGUACUACAGGACAGCAGACAAGGGCUGGCAGAACUCCAUCAGACAUAACCUAUCUCUGAACCGGUACUUUAUCAAAGUGCCACGCUCGCAGGAAGAGCCAGGUAAAGGGUCGUUCUGGCGUGUGGACCCCUCUUCGGAGGCCAAGUUGGUGGAGCAGGCUUUCCGGAAGCGCAGACAGCGAGGAGUUUCCUGUUUCCGUACACCCUUCGGUCCACUUUCGUCCAGGAGUGCUCCAGCAUCUCCUACCCACUCCGGCCUCCUCUCUCCUCACUCAAGCGGCCUCCAGACCCCUGAGAGUCUUUCACGGGAGGGAUCCCCAAUGUCUCACGAACAUGACUUUGGUUCAAAGCUUGCUUCUGUUCCUGAGUUCCGAUACACACAGAGCGCACCAGGCUCUCCAGUAAGUGCUCAGCCUGUAAUCAUGGCCGUACCACCUCAGCCUUCAGCUAUGAUACCCAAGCCCGUGGCUUACAUGCCGGCCUCCAUCAUUAGCUCAUCCCAAGCCUCCGGUCAGGCCAUCCAUGUGGUGCAGCAGGCGCCAGCUGUCACCAUGGUGCGUGUAGUGACCACCAGCUCUCCCAAUGGCUACAUCUUAGCCAACACCAUCUCCUCGGGAUCGGGAGAUGGAUCUGGAGAUCAAAGAGGUGCAAUGGAUGAGAUGCCUGUGGUUGGCAGUCGAGUUAUUCAGACUGUUGGCAGUCACAUGAGUUCGAUCAAUAGGGGACAGCAGAGCUACACAGUUGUUCAGCAAAGCGCUAUUCACCAGCUUCCUGUGCAAACAAUUGCUCAAAAUGGCAAACAUGCUCUACCUGUAUCCAGUGUAUCAUCUCAUGCUUACACUCUUACCAAUCCACUUCAGAUCUUGGCAGCCCAGGCAUCAACAUCUCCACCCGUACUGGUCCACAGACCCUCCAGCAUGGAGGCUGAGAACUCUGCCAGCCAUGAGCCGGAGCCCAAGCGGCCCAAAAUGGAGGAGGACACCAUUGUUCCAGUCCCCCAGCCUGUUAUUGUUGCAAUGAACCAAGAGGCCAGCGAAUGAACGAGUGAGUGGAUGAGUUGCUGAUGGAUCUUCAAAACACAUCCCAAAAUAUCGUUCGCUCAACGUGCUAACAUAUUGAGGGGAACGUGUUUUGUUUUCUUUAAAACAAGAACUUAAACGACACGCCCAACACGGGUAACCGAUCGAAUGUCUUUGUAAGAACAGCUUAAGCAUUGUGUUUCAUGGGGGUUAAUUCAUUGAGCUAUUUCUGGCAGCAUUAAAAUGUUUUAAUUUUGUCGGGGUUUUUAAUCUUGUAAGAAUGUCGGAUUGUCCCUUAAAGGUAUGAAGAGAGGUACAUGUGCUAAAAGCGUGUGCACCCGAGUAGUUCCUCACAAGGUACAAGUUGAGAGAGAGUUGUUAUUUUCGGGAUGGGGUGGGACCAAUACCUAUGCAGCUAUAUCAUAGCGUGAGAGCAACAGUCUCAUGAAAUUUCAGCAGGUUAUUGAAAGGUUCAGAUAAAGCUGUGCAUUACGACAGCCAUCUGUGCUGCCUUUGUGAGGAUUUCAUAAUGUGUCUGUUAGAAAUGCUGUCCUUAUCAAAAUAUAAUUGUUACAACUGAAGCACAUAAACCAACCGGCAAAAAUGAAAUAGAGGCUUUUCUAGUUCUUUAACUUACAAAUUUAUAGUGUACUAUAUAUUUUUCUGUGGAGGGCUCCCUCCCUGCUUGUUUAUUAGAAAUGCUAAUUUCUAAAUUGGUCUAUGUUUAGCUCAAAAUUAAAAAUGAACUUAAUGAAUGUAAGUACCGUUUGUUUAUUUGUUAUGGUUUAUGGCAGCCGUUUUUGACCUAAAAAAAUAUAUAUAUAUUAAAAAAGUUGAAUGUGUGAAUGUGAAUACAUUUUUGCUGUUAUAUGUUUAAUAAUGACAUAAUUGUAAGUUUGAAAUUAAUCGUAUUUAAAGUAGCUCAGUUUCAUCCCAAUUAACAUUUUGCCAAAAUGAUGCUUUGUAAAUUUUACAUACAGUACAAUAUCACCUGGAAUGUGUCAAUGAAUGACAGCAAGUACACAUUAAGUUGCUGAUUUAUAACUUUUGAGAGGGGCUUAUUUUCAACCAAACGCUUUACCAUUUCUAAGACCCAGGAAUGUAAUUGAAAAAUGCUGAUUUUGAUUCUUCAUUGACUUCCUGUGAUCCUAUAAUAAUAAUCACAGAAGCCACAAUGUUCAGUAUUUUUCUGAGAAGUUGAGACCUCACAGUUGUUUAUUUAGAAAGCUUAUUUUAGUAAUAAAAUCAGCCUUUAAUAA